CGCUUCACUUUGGUUUUUUGCUUACUAUCCUUUUCAAAAUACUGAAAAAUGUGUCACUCUUAAACCUUUUGAAACAGAAGAAUGAAGUGACAGCUUCUUAGGGUGCAAGUAGUAAGACUUGGCCCAUUCUAAAAGAAUCGCCGAUUGUUAUGCUUCUUUGUGGAGUCGCCAUUUUACUUGAAAUAGUGAGAUGGGAAAUCAGCUGUCUGGAAUUGCACCGUCUCAGAUUUUGAGUGUGGAGAGCUACUUUAGCGACCUACCAGAUUAUGAGUUCGAUUGCAGGUGAGAUAUAUUUCCGAUAAACAAACUCAAACAAAUAAAAACGCUUUUGGUUUAUCCUGGAACGGAAGAAAAGUAGUCAGGACUUGCCAAUUGAAUGCACAUUUGAUUAUGUAUUCGAUCGUGACUUAUGACUGCUGAUUGUUGGCUCAAGCAAGGUCGUUGUCAGCAGUGAAUUUCUUGUAUUUCAUCGUGCUGUGAUUCAAUCCUUUUCAUUUUUAUUUUCCCAUAAAUAUCUUUUGUGCUUCCAAACCUCAGAAUUUGUGUCCCGAAGGCCUGUACAAUCAAUUUGUGGCUCUUUAGCAGGUUUAAUUCUAAGACUAUAGUUGUACUUUCUUAUUAAACUAAAUAACUGGAUCUGGUUUGAUUGUUUCAUCUUUUUUAUGACAGCUUAGGAAGUACAAGAUUUUUCAAGGUUUCCCGAGCCAAACACAAGUAAGUUAAAUUUACUAAACUUAAAUGUAAUUUUACUGCAGGUUUUCCAAGUUUCCAUUGUUUUAAUAAAUAAUAGUACGUGAUUAUUGUUUGGUAUACAACUGAUGAAAGUUUUGUUUCAGAUAAUAAGUAAGCUUAUUGAUUUCUCUACAACAGUUGGCUGUGUAAAUCAGUAUUAUUGGCUGUGUAAAUCUUCAGUAUUCUUCACUGGAUCACAACUACUCAGUGUGAAUGUAGCUUUGAAUUUAUGGAGGAAAUAUGGUUUAACCUAAGACUUUUUUUUACUAUUAUUUAAGUUUAGUGAAAAAUCUGUCAUGCCUGGUGUGACAUUAUUUGAAUGAAAACUUGCAUAAUACAUUUUGGUUGACGAUUCAGUAAGCCUUGAUGUUUACAUUUUCUUUAGUGAUAUUACAGGAAUUAUAUUGGAGUAGCAUUUAAUAAAUUAUGUUGUACAAUUUUUAAUGUUAUAGGUGAAGGCGUAUUGAAUUCACUUUCUUUUUUAUUAACUUUACACUGCAUAAUAAUUGUGUUACAUUUUGUUUAUUUUGAAGCUGAACAUGCAUUAUGCACAAUUGAUUGCCAAUAGGUACUUUUAAGUAUUAUGGCAGGCAUGGUGGCUCGUAUAAAAUUCAAUAUUUUUUUAUUUUAGCUUUACAAAUUAAAGUAAUUAUUGUCAUCUACAAUUGAACUAACAGAUUACAAAAGUGUCUUGGCUAUUUUGCUCACAGAAGUUGGCUACUAGUUCCCAUAAAUUGAACUUAUUUGAUUUUACUAAUAAAUAUUCUUUCAAACUAUGGAUACAUUUGGUUCAUACUCUGCUCAAACCAGCUGCAUACUUCAAAUUUACUUAAAACCAUUGCGUUUGGAUUACUUUUCUUAUAAAUAAUUUAUCACUAAGAUUUAAAAGGUUGUGAAAGAGGUCGAUAAAGUCAGGCUGGUGUUAUAAACUUUUUUCCUUUUAUUGCUUUGAAAGAAAAUUUAUUUAAUAAUCUUUUGUUAAUUGACCAUAUUUUGUAAUAUUUCUUUUUGUCAUAUUUUGAUUUUGUUUAUUUUUCCCUCCUGCUAAACUUUUUUUGGAAUUUUUAUUCAUUUGAUCUGAAAAAGUGCUUAGAAUGAAGUUCAGUUUUAAACAAGGAGUGGGAAUGACUUGAAUAGUGGUAGAGAGUAAGUCACUUUUGUUAACAGCUGUCAGUAGCAACAUAUUUACUUAAGAAAAAAAUCAACUUGGAUGACUGUAAUUUUUAUCAACAACAGCUUUUUUUAAACUAGGGAAGGAUUAUGUGUGGUGAAGGUGUUUGCCAUUCAAGACCCAUCACUUCCUUUGAAAACCUAUCAAGAUCAGCUCACAGACAUCAAAAUCAGACUUGCGAGUGCUCCAAAUGUUCUUCCAUUCCAUCACUCCAUUCUGACGGACAAGGCCAGCCUUGUUAUUCGGCAGUAUAUUAAAGAUAAUCUGUAUGACCGGAUAAGGUAAGUACAGUUGACUUCUGGAAACUAGAACCCUCACUAACUUGAAACUUUCACUCAUUUGAACCAAAAUCAAUUUUCCCUGGAUUUUCAUCAUACAUGUACUGUAAUUGUACCUUUGAUAAGAUGAACCUCUCACCAACUCAAAGCAACUUUUGUUUCCCUUCAGACCAUUUUCUUUACAGUUAAAACUCAAUAUCUUUAACUAUGUUUGCUAUAAUAAUUUAUUAUUAAGCACAUGACCAGUCAAACUAAACAGUGUACUACUGUCCAAAAAAAUGAAUUUGAGCGACCGUGUGUACUCUGUCUUUUUUUUAUUACACAAAACUUGUCAUUGCAGUUCAGAAUUUUCUUGUUUAGGGGCCAUGAAAUUAAUUUGAGUACAGUCUUAACAAAGGACUAAAAAUGAACAGGAAAAACAUUUACAAUUUGUCCAGCUAUAAACAAUAUUUUGAUUAACCCCUUUUCCAAAAUGUUUGUUUUAGCACUCGGCCUUUUCUUGAUGUUAUUGAGAAGAAAUGGAUUGUAUUCCAGUUAUUGAGUGCUCUAGAUCAGUGCCACUCAGUCAAGGUAUUUUUUUUAUCAACAGUAAAACAUUUUCUCAUCAUUUGAAAUAUUAAAAACAUGGAAAGUUGUUGACUUCAGUCCUAUGUUAUACUCCAGAGAUAUUGUUAUUUUCAGGUUUGUCAUGGGGACAUUAAAACAGAGAAUGUGAUGGUGACAGGUUGGAACUGGGUUCUCUUAACCGACAUUGCGAGUUUCAAACCUGCUUUCCUCCCUGAGGACAACCCUGCUGACUUCAACUUCUUCUUUGAUACGUCUCGUCGCCGCAGCUGUUACAUUGCACCUGAGAGAUUCUUGGACUCCAGACAAGCAGAGCAGUUGUUGGCUCGAGGUCUUCCGAUGGUUAGUAAUUCAGACAUUCCGUCAAAUAGUAAUGAUCCCAGUUUACCAGAUAUGGAACUUGCGCGACACCAGCAAGGAACUUUAACACCAGAAAUGGACAUAUUUUCUGUUGGGUAAGUAAGAGAUCUUGUGACAAGCAGCUUGCAACGUGUAGCAAUGAAUUAUUAAACUUUAACUGUUUGAUAAUGAUUUGAGGUCUAUUUUUGAAUAUUGUCUGGAAGUUCCAAUUUAUUAAACCUCGUGAAGUUGGGAAAUGGUCAAGAGCAGGCACAGAACAUGGAUCAUUAAUCAGAAAAUUUAGGGGUCAAACAUUUAAGGAUCAGUCCCUAGUUGUCGGUAGAUAAGGAAGGUGGAUAAUGCUAUCCACUAGAUAAAUCUCUGUCCACUGGACAACACAGUUGGUUUACCUAAUACUUAUCCAACCAACCUUUGAACAACUGGGUCCAGAAGCUAGGGGGUGUAAGCUACAAAGUUUGAGAUCCAUCUACUAUGUUCUAUGAAGCUGCAAAUCUUGCCUUAAACGUUGAUUUUUUUUUUCAAUUAAAGGUGUGUAAUUGCUGAACUUUUCAAUGAAGGGAACAGACUGUUUGACCUGUCAGAGCUUCUUUCAUACCGCAAUGGAGAUUAUGAUCCGACAGUGACCUUGUCAAAAAUUGAUGACUCAAAUAUAAGGGUAUGAAAAAUUCUUCACUUCAACACUUUCAUAAAAUCAAAUCUCUAGUCAUGUCAAUAGGUGUGGACUCUUCUCAGAUUUAUCAUUUCUUAAAGUUACUUUACGUGUAUCCCCUCUGAGUGAAGCAGGGUUCUCAUUAAGUUUUAAAGUAGACAGUUAGGAUGAAAAAGUAGGUGGCUUGGCAAUCAAGGGAUGUAUGUGGUGAAUGUCAGGUUUUCACUCUCUCACUUUACCAUUUUUCCACAAAAAGUAGACAGCUCAAACCUUCUCCUACGUGUUGCCGCACCCUCCCCCCUCCAUUUUUCCUUUGUCAGGGGGAGGGUGCGGCUACACAUGGGCUACUCAAACCUUAAGUUUAAAAACUUCAGGAGGGUUCUUAAUUAGUGCUAGCAAACAGCUAAAAAAACAGCUAACUUGAGGUUUGAGUAGCCCACUUGUAGCCGUUAAAAUUUUUAAGGAGGGUGAGGGGAGUGUGCUGAAAUGAUGGGUAAUGGUGGUUGCCUAGCAACUUUCUUCCAGUUAAAAGGGUUAUAGAGGGAAAUUAGAAUGUUGACCUAAAUGUAUUUUAGAAAGUUUUUUAUUAUUAUGUGGUUAAUUUUUGUUAAUUCUUUACUGAUAUUCUGCACUAGGAAUUAGUGGAGCAAAUGAUCAGCAAAGAUUCAAAAAGUAGGUUAUCUGCUUCUGAGUUUAUGAGAAAGUACAGAGGUAAGUACAAGCUUAUUAAUAUUAUUAUUUUUAUGAGCGUGCGUUAUCUUGUUCUUCUUCUCGCAUGCACACGUAAUAGUCUUUAAUAUCCUUUUUUAAAAUUUUUUUCAGGGAUAAUAUUUCCAGAACAGUUUUACACUUUCUUGAAAAACUACAUGAGUAAGUUUUCCAUGCUUCCUGUCCUGACUUCAGAUGAGAAGAUCAGCAGGUGAAUACAUUUUUAUUUGCUUCCCCUGUAGUUGUAGUGUCUGAACCAUUUAAGUUCCAAGAGUGAUCAACAUCAAUUUUCCCCCAACAAUAAUUCUGUUAAUAAUUUGAUAAAUUACAGUAUGUAGCACAGUUUCUAAGUAAUAUAGAGUUGUACUUUGCAAUAUCCUUUGUUUGUGAUAAUUAACCUAGUCUGCCAAUAUAUCUUAUAGUUUUUGGUUUGUUUUCAGAAUCAAGCGUGACAUUGAACAGAUCCUUGAAGAAUUACUUCCUACAGAUGAUGCAGAUGACACAAUCAUUCCUGAUAAGGAUGGUAAGGUUUAAUUAAAUUUCUGCUCAAAGCUAACUCAAAGGUACAAUUAAUGUAAUAGUCAAAAUGUGCUGAAUUCACCUUUCAAAUGAAACAGCCAUUUCAGGGAUGUAAUGGUAUCAAACCAAAUACAAAGCACAGUACGUUGGUGUUGGGCACAUGUCAGUUCAGUAAUAGGACUUCAGAUUUCUUUGGCCUGCUUUUAACUUUACAAGGGAAGCAGGAAUCAACUGUAUUAUCAUGACUGUAGAUGUUUCCUGUUUCCCCUGUAACAGUAAGCUGAAAGCAAGCUGAAACGUCUUCACACUGAACAAAGCAAGGACAUGCAUUCAUCCAAGCCAUGUGAUACUCCAGACAUUAAAAAUUACCUACUAAAUUGUAAUAGCCAAAACAUGAGCUGAAUUCUCUAUUCUAAUAAAGCAGUCUUUUAGGAGAUGUAAAAGUAUUACAGGUGUAUAUGGAGAUGUAAUUUAGGAGAUGUAGGGCCAAUCUGUACAAGGAAAAAUGAGACGCAAACUUCCUUUAUCAACGGCACAUUUUGUCUGAAAUAAGGCGCAUCUUAGCUAAGAACAUCCCUGAACACCUGUUCUUAGAUAAGAUGCAUCUUAGCUAAGGUGAGCUAAGAUGAGAAAAACUUUGUCUUCGCUGUGGACUGGCAGAGAAAAUAUUGUUAAUAGCAAAUUACAAUGUAUUUUCAUUUCCCUGGGCUGCCAUCUAUGACUUUUAAUAUUAUUUGUUUCUUCGCUUGAGAAACCAGUGCUUCGUAGCUGUGCAAAGAAAAGCAAAUUUCAGACCUCCUGGACAAAUGUGUUACAUCUGCUGGUAUAAAGUAGAAGCUUUUUAAAGCGUUAGCAAUCACAAUUUAUAAGUAAUUAAUUUCUCUUACUGUUGUCAACAUAUUAUAAACUUACAAUUUAAGUUACAAAAACUUACAAUUUUAGGUUGCCAUUGCUAAGGGCAACAUUCAGAUGAAACUGAGUCCAGGAUAGAAAUAAGACGUGAACCAUUUAUACGAGCUGUUUUCGUCUUAGUUAAGACAUGCUCGUAUAAGUAUUGGUACAGUUUGCAUCUUAUUUAGGACGUAAUUAGGUCUGUGUGAGAUGCGUCUUAUUUUUCCUUGUAUAAAUGGCCCUGUUGUGCUGGUUGUAGAAAAUUGUCUUAUUUUCUUUCAGGUUGUCUAGUGAUUAUUGUGUCACUUCUAACUUCAUGCAUUAGAAGCUGUAAGGUAGGCUUGAUUACAAUAAUACAGUCAACUCCUCUUAGACGGAGACCUGACCUCCUCAAAAAAGGAUCCUUAGAAAACCUUUUUUUCAGGAUCCAAUUAGCUGCAGUUACGUAAAGGAGACUUUGCCAUUGCUAAGGCUAUCUUCUGGUCACCUCACCACCAAAUCAUCUCAUCACCAACUGUAUCAAUCACACACCAGAUUCUCUGCAGUAUCCCAUAGUUCUCUUGGCUUAGGCUUGACCCCCUGCACUCUUUUGUAUCCUACUUAACCAACUUAUGCUCUCUUCUUAGUAUUGUGUCUCCAAACUGACUGUACUGGAACUCCUGCUGAAGAUUGCUCGUCAUGUUAGCCAUGAAAUAAUUCUAGACCGUAUGUUACCAUACAUACUAUUUCUUGUCAAUGAUUCAUUACCACAAAUCCGAGCCCAAGCCUUGAAGAUAUUAACACAGUGUCUACAGUUAGUACGCAGUAUUCCGCGCAGUGAUGCGAACAUUUUUCCAGAGUACAUAUUGCCGGGUCUGUCAUGGCUAACACAAGAUCAAGAAGUUAUUGUCAGAAUUGCGUAUGCUGAGAAUAUUGCUUCGUUAGCGGAGACAGCACUGAAGUUUUUGGAAAUGGCACAGUUAGAUUACGCUAAUCAAGAAAACUAUAAAGCUGAUGAUGCGCCUAUACAAUAUCAGGUAAAUUUAUGUUUUUUUUUUCUCUUUAGAGACCGUUAAACAGGGGCACCCAACGUCAAUUUUUUGAAAAUAUCUGUUCGGAAGACGAUUUAAGAUCUAUAAUUUGCGGAACAUUUUGUUGUAAAAUUUCUUGCUUGCCUGCCUCUCCUAGAAUUUUCGGACUUCUUAAAAAUGGUAUAAUUGCCCAUUUUUAACGGAUUUUUACCCUAAUAAGGUCACCUAGAAUUAUCGGGAGCUUUUUUUCUGGCUGAAAUUUUCGAAAAGGUAAGUUUUGAUCCCUAUAAUUUUCGGAUCACUAGACUAUCAGCUAGGAAAUCCGAACAGAUGAAAAAUUUCUAGGGGAUAAAAAUAUGCCUAAAUCUACCGUUUAAAUACUAAAAUGCUAUGUUUAAGUGGUUUUGAACUAUAUUCUCGUUGGGUGCCCCUGGUUAAGAAGACCUUAUUCACAAUACCCGCCAUCUUUGGACGCGCUUUAGGAUUGCUGGAAUAAAACAGCAAAAGCAAUGUCAUGUAGUAUUUCAGGGGGAAAACAAAAGAUAAACUUUUCCAAUUUCAGAAUCGCGGUCAACUUCGUUUAUUCUCUCAAAAUGAAACGACGAUUUGGCCAUGCAAAAUGUACGGUGAGGCAUGAUCGUAUACGAGACAAAAGCCCUAGCCUCCUACUGACUUUGCUGCUUACAUGCUCGAUGUAAUCUUUCCAAGAAAGGUUCUCAUCUGAAACAACACCUAAAUAGCUAAAUUUAGCUACUCUUUCUAAAGUCUUUCCGUAUAACUGUAUACAAAAAUUUGGUGAUUUGGCAAGAUUCUGCAAACUUCCAAAGAGCAUUGAUUUUGUUUUACUCUGAUUAAGGAUAAGCCUGCUACUGUCCUUCCAUUGUACAACUCGAUAUAAAAUCAUCCUGUACUACCCUAGCUAUCUCCGAGGUGCAAAGAUUCGUAAAAUACAUUACAGUAUCACCGGCCUAAAUAUUAAUAGAACAGUUUUCUUAACACUGGGGCAGGUCAUUAAUGUAUAAGACAAAAGGGAGAGGCCCCGAAAUUAAACCCUGAGGGACGCCAAAACGGAUAGCUCGUGUUGAGGACAUGUCAUUUUCAAAUUGCACUCUUUGAGUUCGUGUGGUAAGAUAGUUCCAGAACCAGCCCAGACUACUUUUGCGUCACUUCGUCAUUUAUUCAUUCAAUAUUUCCUUUUUUAGGGAAGUUACGACACUGAACUCCAAGCUCUCCAUGAACUUAUUCAAAGAAAAGUCGUGACUUUGCUUAGUGAUCCCGAGAACAUUGUGAAACAGACACUCCUUGAAAAUGGCAUUACACAGCUGUGUGUGUUCUUUGGUCGGCAGAAGGCCAACGAUGUUCUUUUGUCGCAUAUGAUCACAUUCUUGAAUGACAAACAGGACUGGCAACUCAGAGGAGCGUUCUUUGACAGUAUCGUUGGAGUUGCUGCUUAUGUUGGAUGGCAGAGUUUGGUAAUGCUUAGACCACUGUUGGAACAGGUACGAGCCAUUCGGAAGGGAACUGAGCCGAGUUAACUCUUGCAAUGACUUCUGGGUCUGUUACAAGGGACAAGAAAAAAAUUGGCCAAUAGCUGACCGGCGCGUCCUUAGUAACUAUCCCAGGAACCAUUGCAGGACGCGUUUUGGCUGCAGUUCCCUUUUCGAUUCUAACGUGACGAAUGCCGAGUGAACAGUUCACUAUAGGGUGAUUGAUACAUUAAGGUAAUAAUUAUUUUAAAGGUUAAAUAUCAGAGAACAAAGAAGCAAAGGAAAAGAAGUUUUUAUAAGCUGUCAUUUUCUGUUUAAUAAGGCAAGAAUUUGGGCAACUGUAGUAUUCCGCAGUGAUAGAUACCUAUUGCGCACUUCAGUAUAUUAUACAACAGAAUAAACUGUAUUAAACCUUGGUGUCGCUAAUGUUUUCUCUUUUUACAGGGCUUAAGUGAUACUGAAGAGUUUGUUGUGUGUAAAGCAUUAAAUGCACUCACUUGCCUGGCUGAACUGGGACUGUUACAAAAGCCAACACUGCAAGAACUUGUAUCUGAGAUUGUUCCUUUUCUUUGCCAUCCUGUAAGUUAAAUGUUUGAGAUGACUUACUUUAAUUGCAUGCCGGUUUUGCGAUAUGGUGAUUAAAUACAGAAUUUUAAAGAGAAAGAUGUUAAUUCAGUCAAUGACACAGGCGGCUUGGAAGAAAAAAAAUCCGAGUACUACGUGACUGGUUCUUCUUAAAGAUUCUUCGUUUAUUCGGCGUUACAUUAUCUUAAACACCAUCCAUUUCGAUCAUUGCGCAGAAUUUUUUAUGCUUUCGUAGCAAGGUCUCGCGUUAGCAACGUCAGCUUCUGAAUUUCCUUACGGCGGCUAAUUUACUCUAUCGACUGAGUUGAUAAAACCAAAACUCCAGCUCGAUCUGGGACGCAAGAACACUUGUAACCAGGUUUUUAUUUGGCUAGAAGUGAACAGAAACUUAGUUUUUUCCCCGGGACAAAUUUCGGGCAGAGAGAAAGGCUAACUGUAACGCUGACUAUGAUUUUUCUUUUAUCAGAACAUGUGGAUCCGCUACGGGGCAGUAGGAUUCGUAGCUGCGGUAGCAAGAACGUUGAACGUUGCUGAUGUACACUGUAAUCUGUUGCCUCGUCUUCAACCAUUCCUAAAACACCCUGUUGUUCAAGUUGAUCAGGAGGUAUUGAAGAAAAUUCAGUCAGUUCAAAUCUGUAUUACACUGAACGGAGGGGCGACUCUAGCAGCGCCCAGAUGACCCUGGCACCUUACAUUCGCUCUCGGGUGACUAGGAAAUCUCAGUUUUUGUAUAGAAAUCAUGUGAGGGGUACCCUGGAUUUCACAGGUUCAGAGCACCAGAGUCAAUAUAAUGUUUCCCGGAGUACAGCCUUGGAACGUCUCUUUAACCGUUAGGUUUUGGGAAGCAUUUCCAUCGUUUUUGCAUGUACACUUAGUCAAAAAAUGUUUUGUAAAGAUCUUUUGCCGCGAAAUUAAACUUUCAUUGGAAUAUUUCUCACUUAGGGAAGUGUUAUAGGGCUUUCCUCAACAUGCCGUGGAGUGUAUUUGCGUCAAAGCACCCAAACCAAUUUAACCAACUAUUGUAUUUCUGAAUAACAGUCUGUUUUCAUUUUUCUUGUAAUUUUUAGGAAUGUUUUUGUCUUCCCUCAGACGUUUUUUGACUUAAUCCAAAACUUCAGCAUUUUAGCUCAUGGCAAAAGUUUCAUGACCGGCAAUCAAACAGAGUUUUAAUUACGAACAAAGACGUUGAUAAGUUCUUAUUUUAUCGUGGAAGAAGAUUCUUCAGUUUCCAGAGGUUUUAACAUUUUAUUCGUCUUUGAAACUCAACACAUUCUUGUCUUGUUUGCUGGCAGGUCAUUCUAGUGAGUCUUCUCAAAGAACCCAUCAAUAGAAGUGUAUAUGACUUCAUUAUUAAGUCACCUCAUGUUGAAAGUUUAUUUGACAGGUAUGGGGUUUUAUAUAUUGUAACUAGCCCUCGAGAGCAGACUCUUUCCCGGCUAUUAUUUCUCCUGUUGUUUUCAGUUUUUGCACAUCUACUGUAUUCUGGCGCGUGAUUUUUUCUGGUACUUCCAGCUAUUGUUGUUGUUCUUUUAGGAUAAAAGCAUAGUAUUAAUAUUAUUGAACGCUUAGCAGAGGUCAUUUACAAUAGUAGAAUAUGACGGUUUAAUAUAAAAGUUGUCCGUACCUUUUGUUGCAGCUUGCAGGAUCGACAGUUGGUCCGUAAUCUCUGUCGUGCAGGCCAGAGACCAAAUUACUCUGAAACAAACGAAGUAUUAAUUCCUGUUUUCCGCAAACUACACUCACAAGGAAUUACGGAAGAAGAUGAGGAUAAAUUACUGUUCCUCAGGGAAAUUAUCGUUAAGUUACACCGAGCCAAAACCAGGUAAAGCUACUUAUUUAUUACAAUUAACAUAACACUACAAGAUAUUUGGUACAUUUCUUCGCUUUAAUUUGUACCUCUUUUCCUGAUCAGUGUUAUUAGUAUGUGUAAUCAAAUGGUGAAGAGUGAAAUUAGGGAAUACUGGACAAAACGCGCGUGAAAUUAUUCCCUAAUUUCACGAGUAUACCAUUUGAUUACCUAUUAAUAUCAUGGGUGACGAAUUACGUUAAAAAUCUUGGAUUUUUGACAUGUUUAUCCUGGAUCGUAUCGAUCGAGAACUCCAUUCUCUCAAAUGUUUAGACCUUAAAUUUGGCUUAUAAAGUUUAGAAUUUUUCAGACUUUUUCGGCAAAAUACCUGUUAGAAUCCUUCUUGAUGUUCUCUUGUGUGUUCAGGUUUUCUAAAGCGUCUUUUUGUGCCCUGACAUCUUCAUUCACGGCAUUUUAAAACUUCGUCGCCAUCUUGACACUGAGACGUACGGAAGGGUUGCCAUGGCAAUUUUGUAAUUUCACAUGUGAAAUUACAAUUUAAUGCGCCAAAAUUAAGUCGUAAUUCGUCACCUAUGGUAUUAUCACAGUUAGAUAGCAGGUAUGACUUAAACGGCAACGUGUCCACAACUAGCACGAGUACAGUGGUCUCAAGUCCGAGAGACUAGUGACACCCUGUCUCUCUAUAUAUUCCACCCUCCCCGCUUCACUUGACCCCGCGCGUGCCUCUCACGCGAUUCCUCGUCCCUCGCGUCACUUGAUCCCGUGCCCCUUACGUGAUUCCUCACCCCUUGCUUUGCUCGAUUCCUUGCCUUUCACGUGAUUCCGUGCUUCACAUUUUGCGUGACCCGCUGCCCCUCGCUGUAAUUGACAUCUCCUGUAGAGUCGAUCUUAGUCUCCUCCGCAGCCGUUUUUUGGAAUGUCAAGCAACGUGGGGGACGUUGUGUGACAUCCCAAAAAACAGCUGCGCGGGACACUCUGUUGUGCUUGCCUUAGCCACAACUUUCAAUACGAUGCUCUAUCUUCCAGAUUGGAACAACCUGAAAACAAAGAAGAAGUUAUACAAGGAGACAUUGAUCUCCAAUCUCUACACUUGGGAAAGACUGUUCACAGACGCUGUGCAGAGUUGGUAAAAACAGCGGAUGGAAAGAACGACGGCAAUACCGCAAACAAGAAAGGCAACACAAAAAAUAGAAAGUCUGUGGUUGAACAAUCUGCUAUGGUGAGUAAAAAUAAUGUAGCUAAUAAUGAGUCCGUACAAUCAUGGUAUCUUUUUAUAUUCUUACUCCUUUGGACAAGAUAGUUGCAAAUGCUCAUCGUUUCUGUUGUCUUUCCUUGAACAUUAGGGACGGACAGUUAUGGAGAAGGGGGGGGGGGGCUGGGGGGAAUUUUCGGCCCGUAUGAAUUUUUUUUUCCUGUUAACAUUUCCCUUGUAUGAAUUUUUUUUAUGCCAGUGCAUGAAUAUUUUUUAGGGUUACUUGGCGUGCAUGAAUUUUUUUCAUUUGUGCUUCGCCCGCCCACGCCCCCAAUAAGUUUUCUAAUGGUCUGUCCCUUAUUCCUGUCUUGUUUUAAACCAGGCGUGGUUUUAGUUAAAUAUUGUCGAAAGUUGAAGGGUCUCAAAAAUCUGAAUGCUGUCUUAGGAAGAGCUGGAGUGCAUAUCGCGUCAGGGCGGCCAUGCUAGUACAGUCAACUGCCUUUAUAGCGGUAGCCUGUACACAGACGUUGUUUUAUUUUUGUUUUCGUUAUUUUGGAAAACAUCGGCGUAUGCGAGAGCGAGGCGAGCACGCGAGCGAAGCGAAUCACACGCGCUCGACGGACUUUGAAGAGAAAAUAGAGGGUCUGUGAACAGGCUAUUAUAGCGGACACUGUAGGGACCUUGAGUUAGUAUCCUGAUUAGCGAGUAGAGAGUCCGUGAUACCGGGAGUUUAUAUCAGUUACACAUCUGUAAUUUAAUUUGGCCUGGGUUUUUGCUACAGUCCGUAUCAUCGGGGUGUCCGCAAGGCGAGAGCUGACUUUAUAUUAAAACUUGGGAAAGGUAGAAAUAUUUGAUUUUAUUGUUUGAGUAUAUGAAUAUGGCCCCCGUGACGUCGUGUGCCGGUGAUCUAUUUAACUCAGUUUUGACCUUUUAAUUUUCGAAAUCAGAACCCAGAGUGGCAUCAUAUGUUUGGAGGAGUGGAGGGUGCCAAUGUUGCCAUGGCGAUGGCCAGGAGAGAGUCGCUGCCCGCUAAUAUGCAGCGACCAAAGUCACCACUGGGAAAGACAUAUUCUAUGCCGCUGGGCGGGGUGAGUACCUAGAAUGAAGUUUGUUGCUUACUUUGCAGUUGGGUUUGAAAAACUGUGUUGCUAAGGUUACCCUUGCCAAAUGACGUAAAACAAGACACUACUGUAUAAUACGCAGCUCACAGCACAGUAGCUAACUAGCAGUAGUGUCAUUCCUGCCCUGAUUGGAGGGAAACGUUGCGUGACGGCUGCCUCAGCCUCAUUUCCAGUCAUCCUCGGUGAGUUCCGAUGUGACGUCAUCCCUCAAGCUUAUCCAGAGAAUUUGUUAUCGCGCUCAGUUUCAGACCUCCGCCGUUCCCUCGCGUGGCAUGAGUUGACCCAUGGGACGAGACUGUGGCUGCGUAAGAGCCGAACUUGACCCCAUUUAAACGGGAGAAAUUUGCUUGACAAGAUACCUGCUUUGAAGUUUACUGCUCACUGUUGGAAAUACAAAUAUUGUCCGUUUUGUGCACAAAGGCAUUGUGUACUCCUGCUCAACCUCGUACCCUGCGGGCACCGGUUGUUCAAACGUUGGAUAGCACUAUCCACGGGAUUAAAAUCUAACUAGUGGAUUUCUCAAUUGGUUUCCCUUAUACUUAUCUACUGGAUAGUGAUUUAUCCGGUGGAUAGCGCUAUCCAACGUUUGAACGUACCUGGGCCAGGCCUUUUUCGUGUAAAUAUUUCUCGUUUCCUUUUUAGGACAACAAGAACGACCCGGCGUCCUUAAGCUCGGGUGGUACCCAGUCUGCUAGUAUGCAACGAUUAGAUUCUAAUACUCAGUCGAGAAAACAGUCGGCACCAGUCCUUCAAGAAUUUGUUACCCAGAGUCCUUUGCAAGUUCGGUACGCUUCAUGCAAGAUGGAACUUCUUAAAUUGGUGCGCCACAAAAGAGAACAAAAGGCCUCAGGUUAGAGCUUGCACAUGUAUCUCUGUACUUCAGGGAGAACUAAAGGCUGCUUUACGUAUAAAAGAAAACUCAAAAGACCCUUAAUUAGAAAUGAAUUUUCGAACCCAGCCGAAAAUCUUGAUCAGUAUUAAGUUUUAAUAAUGGGAUAUCGGAUUUCUUUUUGGGCAGAUAUGAAGGAGAAAACCCUUUUGGGAAGCAUGUUAUCUGAGCCAGCAAGUAAGCCGAUCCAAUCUCGGUAAGUAAGCAGGGCUUGUCCUUUGGGCAAGCAGCUCCUACAUUUUGCCUGCCCUGGGCCACUUCUUUCUCGUCUUAGUUAAUGAUUUUGUUAAAAGAUGGCUUGCCUGUACCCCUUGCCGGUUGGGUAACUAAGAUUAAAAGUUACUUGCCCUGCAAGCAGAGGAGGUUGGACACACCUCGAAAUGCAUCUUAGUAGGACUAAUCAACCAAUCGCAUCGCCGCAUUGGCUCGUUGCUCAUUUUAGAAGGAAUGAACACAUCUACAGUGGUAGUAAAAACGUCCAGUCCAGUAGUUCCGGACAAGUAGUACUUGUCCGGAACUACCGGAGUGGACGUUUUUUUGAGUCCUGAGUAAGCUCGCUGAAACCCGGCGCUCCUUCUACGAUCGAUAUCUAUCACAAACGCAAAAUUUCCGGUUGUCCAUAUUUUUUGGUAACUUUUUUGAACAAACUGUCAUCCUCUAACAAAAUCAUUAGUGAACUUACGCAACAGGACGGGAGAGGGAAGAAGACAGCGGCAAACCUUGUGUGACAAGCGUGACAGUAAUUUUGUUUGAAAUAACCUUUCCUUUAAACGGAUCUUUUUGUAAAAGUCCAGCAAAAAUGAAUGUUAAGUGAAGAUCACGACAAAACACGUGAUAGCCCUGUCACGUUUGUCACACACAGCUGUUUUGCCGUCUUCUUCUUCCUGCCUUCCUGUUGCGUGCACCCACUUUUAACUAAGACAAACAAGAAGUGGCUCCAGGUAAGCAAAAUGUAACAGCUGCUUGGUCAGAGGACAAGCUGAAAUUCAAGUCUUAUUCGAGCCCUGUAUCACAUGUGUCUAUAUAAUUAUACUGUCUUUUCCGCUUUCUCAACAGUUGGCAGCCCAAAGGAAUAUUAGUAGCACAUCUUCAUGAGCACAAAGCAGCUAUCAACAGGUUUGUAGAAGUACCUUGUUUUCUUUGUCUCUUCCCACUUAGGGAUUUUAAAAUGGUCUUUUUAAUCUAAUACAGGAUGCUUUAAACCCAGUGAGAAUAAAAGAGGUUAAGGCAAAGGUCCUUAUUGUACGUCGGUAACUCGUAACAGUAGAAGGCUUGAGCAACGAGAAUGGCAAAAGAAAAAAAGCGACGGGUUUGAUAAGCAAAAUAACAACUUUGCACAUGCACAUUUCUCUGCCGUCGUUGCACGACUGCGAAGUGAAAGUGCCUAAUUUCACGUUUUGUGGAGUACGUGAACACAAGACAAUAAUAUUGUUUUUCUUCUCCUGAACUUCUAUGAAUCCUGUGGAAUUCAACUCCCGUGGAAUUUAUCCAACAUCUAAUUAAACGAGAUUGAAUAAACGCGAUUAAGUUUGAGGCAGUGCGACUUCACUUUUAAGGUGACGUUUUUGUAGCCGUCGACGUCGUUGUUGCUCAUUUUAACCCCCUUUGCUCUGCAUCAGUGCUCUGGGUACGGAGCAUAAUUUUUAACGGUCUCAAAGCUACACGGACAGAAAAGAAAUCAAAAUAAGGAUUUGAGGUCAUACCUGGGAAUCGAACUCGGAACCUCCCGCAAAGAAGGCUGCGCACUAACCAACGGUGCUAAUCCUUGCUCCUGUACCCCUAAAGGACGUACAUCGUUGAAAAUAGGACUGGCACGGAGUAGUUUUCAUGCGGCUUAAUCGACAUUUGGCGUCUAUGAGGAGACUUAUCUUCUUCGACUUAAUGGCCAAGUGAUUUAGAAAUCUUCUUUCAUAAAUUCAGAAUGGUUAUGAAUUUCAAACAGCCAACAUGCCGUUGAUUUAUCGUAGUCAUUGUGCUUUCUUUCAAAUAUAUAUUUAUUUCCAUAUGUUUAGAAUUCAAGUGAGUCCUGAUUUCUCGCACUUUGCCACCGCAUCCGAUGACGGCUCAGUUAAGCUAUGGGAUCUGCAGAAACUUGAUGGAAGAAGUUUAAUAAACAAGUCUAGGCAAACACACAGCAGGGCAGGUAAUUACACGGCCCUUUACUUGGCGUAACACUUGCCUCACUAUAGCCUAAGAAGACAGCCGACAUCUCGAAACACCAUGCACCACUGGGUUCCCCGCGAAAUGACGUCAGAGAAAAAAGCACAGAAAUUCCAUACUGAUGACGUAUCACUUCCCAGAUCUGGGUAGAGCUUCUGAUUGGUCGUGCUACGUUGGAGAUUUGCUUCAGCCAAUCAGAAGCUCUACUUAGAUCUGGGUAGUGAUGCGUCAUCAGUAUGGAAUUUCUGCGCUCGUUCCACAGUCGGCAUUUCGCGGGGAAAACAGUGGUGGCGUCUCGCCUCGGGAAAUGUCGACUGUUAUAUUAUUUUGUUUUUUGUGGUUACUUGGGAAUAAAGAAAGGUAAUGUUAACGUAUCGUCAAUUCUGUCUUAACAGACUUUUCUAAUUAGGCGGACCCUAAAACAAAACGGCCGUUUUCCAGUCAUCCGCUUUGACUCUCUACGACUGUGUACCAUUUUCAUGGGCAUACUGGUCGGUUUACGGUGUAUGCAAAUGAAGACCUUUAGAUUCUAGGACGAGAACGACUAAGAGUACCAGAUUUAACUCAAAGUUUUUUCGCGUAUUCUCAAAUAGUAGACACCCCGGAUAGCUUGAUUGUACAUCUUUCUCACCAAAAAAAGUAGCAUUUUUAUCUUGAUUGAAGGAGAUUAAGCUAUUUCCCAACCGCAAAAUAAUAAAAACUAUAACACUUAUAACUUGUGUUCGCUAACAUGACAUUCUCGCUAAAACUCGUGGCAGAGUGACGACGGCUACCACAUUUUCCCGCCAAAAUGACGCUGGUUCACGCGCGCGCACUACUUAGUAUUGAGAAAAUCCCGUACUCGUAGUCGUACUCAUCUAAAGCUCUCUAUUGGUUACUGAAGAAAACUCAGGUCUCUCUACUGGUUACUAGCCCUUUUUCACACAUCAAUGUCAUUUACCCAAAAAGGCCGUGAAAGCCUGAAACUGGUGGCAGAGAAGGCUUUUCGAAGACAAAAUUUCCGUUUGGAAAAUUCAGACCGGAAAAAGAGGACUACCUUUUCAGACGUUCCUUUGCCCCUGGAAAUUUUUUAGGGCCUGAAAAGCCUGUUCCAUUUUCUUAAUUUCCAACCCGGAUUUUCUGGAUUUAAGUCGGUCCCUGUCGUUUUUCAGUCUUUCUUCCACGAGGCAGAAAAACUGGUCCCAAAGUUGUCCUUCAAAGAGAUAGUUGAUUGUAUUUUUGCUUUUGGUUGUAGGUUGGAAGAUGAAGGCGUUGGCUUUCUGCCAGGGGUCAAGUUCUCUCGCCUGUGCAUCCAGUGAGGGGCGCAUUGAUGUAUUUAGGUGAGUGAUCGAAAAGCCUUGACUCAAAGUAAUUGCAAAGCAUAGAUAGAAGACCCACAAAUCGCAGAAUAUGUUUUGAAUAGUCAGCUGGCCCAGUUUUCCCUAUCUACUGUCACAGCAUGUACAGUUAGCUGCACUUCAAGGCCGUUUGUAUUGGAGACUCAGGUAGCCUGAGAAAACAGUCUACAUUUUGCUACGCUACCGGUGGUUUCCCGCGAAAUGACGUUUGAGAAACGAGCGCAGAAAUUCCAUACUGAUGACGCGUCACUACCCACAUCUGAUUGGAUGAGGCAAAUUUCCAGCCAAUCACCAGUAUGGAAUUUUUGCGCUCGUUUCUCAGAUGUCAUUUCGCGGGCAAACCACCGGUGGCGUCGCCAAAUGUCGGGAAGACUCAGGAAGCUGAUCAACGUUGACUUAGUCACCUUUUUGUUUUGCUUUGUGAUCAUUUAUGUUUGUAUGCAAUUUACGUUGAAAGAUAGCCUGCGUAGCAAGCGUUUCCUGGCGAGGUUCGUCUAGAAAGCUGGCACAAGAGCAAAAAAAAAUUAAUGACGGGGGAGGGGGAGGGGAACGAAGGAACCAGGAAGCAUUGAUCAACGUUGACUUAGUCACCGAAGGUUUAUGAGAUUUUGUUUUGCUUUGUGAUCAUUUAUGUUUGUAUGCAAUUUACGUUGAAAGACUUCCUUAACCGUCUUUUUCCAGUUAUAAAGGCAGCCAUUUACACCUUUUUUACUCCUUAAAACAGAAUUGAACCGAGUAAUCAACAGUCAACAUCCAGAGUCCAGGUCUAUCAAAAGAAAGUUGACCCCAAGGAGGAAGGAAUGGUGGUUGACAUGGCACAGUUUGAGACAGGUGAACUAAGGAAAAUGGUUUUAGUGUUACGGGAGAAACCGGUCGUUUUGAUACAAAGUCUUUUCUAUACACGUCGUUUCGCUACGAACUCAAACAGGGAAGGUACAUAUAAUUUCGAACACUUCAAAUAUAGUUUGGUAGUGUAACUUAGCAAUGCAGAGGAAAACUGCAACUGAAAUGCAGAAAACGUUGGGCAAAAUAGAAGUUAUCCCUAGUUAUGUUUAGUUUUGUCACGUUUAUAUAAAUAUUUGUUUUGCAAGCAUCACCCUUGUCUUUGAACAAGUUAAGCUCACGAUUGGUUUCAUUUAGGUUCCCAGUCCGUCCUCACUUACGCUACAUCACACGGUCUGAUCUGUGGAUUGGAUCUUCGAACGAGUAAAAUGGCCUGGAAACUAGAGAACGACCCUUCUCAAGGUAACUUCAAGAUUCAUUGUUUUUAUCUAUGUUUAAACAAGCUCAAAAAGCUAACCUUAUUAUCAUAAUAAGUUAUACUGAUCUGUUUUGUUCUUAAUUUUGAUUGGCUACUGCAGGUUUGAUUACAUCAUUUGUAGUGGAUCCUUGUCAUAGUUGGUUGACUGUUGGGACCAGCUCUGGAAUGUUGGUCUGCUGGGAUCUGAGAUUUCAACUGCCAAUAACAAACCUCUCUCAUCCAAGAGGUAUUUUUCUCCUUUUCUAGUUUGUAUAUGUAUGCUGACACAAAAAUAAAGGGAAAUUGAGGCAAAUCAUAAACACCUACUUUCAUCGGCUGUUUUGCCAUUUUUAACACUGCUGUCAGAACGACCCAGUGUUUAUGAGAGCCCGCUGGCGUCAAUUUCAGUAGUGUUAUUAGUCAUUUAUACUCGUCAAAGCAAAUGAAACGAAGACAAGCUGAGUUAUUCCAACCGCUGACGUAGCGUCGGUACCGGUCCUUCACAGAAGUACCGCUGACUGUCUUAUUUAUUUCCCAGAAAGAAUAUAUAUACAUACAGACAUUCAAUAUAUUGCAAAAAUGUUAGUUAAAGAUUAAAGGCACGUAAAUUGUAAGUAAAAGAAUUAAAAGUAUUUUUCUGGCGAGGCAGCUCUAAUUGAAACCAUAGGACUAGCACUAGCGUAGAGUCUGGGCUGCAUGUGCUGUCACAUUUCUGCAAACAAGCUAUAGCGUUUGAAAUCUGGUAACCAAGUAGCAAGUGUCAUUUGUCGCCUCAUAAUGCACGUCAUGUAGUUGGUAGUACAUUGCGAGCAAAAUUAUACGUUCACUCACUGAUACCUGGCUGCACUGUAAGAUGUCUUAGUUGUUGUGACUAUUAUAUCUCUUCUCAUGAUGUGUUGUUUUCAGGUGCCCGCGUUCGCCGUCUGGCAACUCACCCGACCGAGCAGUCCUGGGUUGUUUCUGCUGUACAAGGAAACAACGAGGUAACCGUGUGGGAUCUGGAAACUGGAGCCAGGAGACAAGCUCUGUGGGCAAGCCACACCCCACCCCUGUCACAGACUCAGGUUUGUUACCGUAAACUACUACUUAUAAGAUCUGGGCUUUUACAACUAACGGAGGGGCUAGACUAGAAAAAAGUGCUUCGAAACAAUCUAUUGCGGUUAUGGGCUCCUGCUGCAGGAGCCCAUAAGCGGAGCAAGCAACUCCCAUACUAGGCCUAUGUCACGGCGUUUUUACGGACCGGUUUAUUUUUAGACACAUCUUAGGGCACUUUUUCCAGCGAAAAUGGAAUGUCCACCAUGGCUAUGAACGCCUUCGAAGUAUAAGAUAUCAAAAAGGAAAACGUAACGUCAUUAAAAGGCAAAAAUUAUCAUUUUUAGGUUUGUAGAUUUUGCUGACUGGUUUGUGGGGCUUGAAAGAUAUUCUAAAUUCGCGCCAAAACCGUCCUAAAAAUAAACUGGUCCGUGAAAACGCCGUGGCACGAGUACAUGGAAUUUGCUCGCUCAGGUUAUGGGCUCCUGAUGGCAGUGCUGAUAAAAACACGUUUGGCAUUUACUGUUUUAUUGUUAGGUUUCAAAACGUUAUAAUAAAUCGGAUUCAUUCAAUACAAGCUUGGUGGGGAGGAAGGGGGCGGUUAUAAUCAGAUGUAUUUUAUUGUCAACAGGUAGAUGGGGCUAUAACUGCGAGGGGGUUAUGGGCGGAUGUUAAAUACAAAGUGAAAUCAGUAAUUCAUUGGAAUCAUUAAAUGCAGUUUGAGGUCCCUGGUAUCUGCUCGGAAUCGUUUAGCUUUUUACAGGUUGUUGCUUUUUUGACCCCUUAAUGGAUUUUCUACCUAUUUUUCCGUCUUCUUUUCGUCUUAUUCCCAGGUCUCUCCUUACGCGGUUCACGCACUGUAUACGAGUAGACCGGACACGAGUCCUUAUAUCCUGACUGCGGGCUCAGACCGCCGGAUUCGCCUUUGGGACCUUGCCUAUCCUGAGCAUUCUCAGAUGAUAGCAGGAGCGGCAACAGAUGAUCUCAGCAAUGUGGUGCUUCAGUACAAGUAAGCUUCGUUUUGCGUUCGACAUGUUAUGACUUGUACCUUAGAGUUGCUAAAAGUUGACCUCUCAUGAAGUUCUUAAAAGUGAGCGAAGCGAGCUUCAACGCAUGAGGUCGCGCAAAGACCGAGUUAGCGACGAAGUCUCGAGGCAUAACCAACCAGGAAAAAAACAAAGAACUUUUAGAAAGUGUAACUUGUCACCCGAGUCGGACUUGUCACCCGAGACCCAGAUGGAGAACUCGAUGACUGCGACGCAGGCUAUAAAGCCUUUUGCGUGCUCAUUAAUAACCUCUCCAGUAACGUAAGCUAACGUGGAUAGGUGUCGUUGUUGUUUUUAUUGAUUUAUUUAUUUUUUUCUGCUGUAUGGCUCUGCAUUCGAGAAAAAUUUAAACAAUAUGAUUAUCGUCCAAUAUCCUCCUUUCAAAUUCAACACUUAACAAUUUCCGAACGGUUCCUUUUACUGGGGCCUAUGACUCUUUUGCGGACCAUCGAUGUGAAAUUUUUUUCUCGUAUGUUUUGUGUUGUAAUAGGUCAUUAAAUUGUAAGAUAUAAAUGAAUAAAAGAAAAUCCGGUAUUUUGGAGGUGCAAUAGCCUACACCCUGCUGUAACUAGCGGAUUAACCCCAUUACAUAAUGUUGCGAACUGCUUACAAUUUUUGUAUUCUGUGUGGUUUACCAGGUCUCGCCUUAUUGACGGAACUGAUGUACUCCAGGAAGUUUACUGUAAACCACGCCAGGGUGGCGUACAUGAAGAUCUUCCACGCCGAGGGCCAGACCAUCCCCCCGUGGGACAUCACGAAUGUAUCAAUGACAUUGCAGUCACUAAAUUGCCUCACAACUACGUCAUAUCGGCUGGUAGAGACGGAGUUCUCAAGAUUUGGAAAUAAAUUGGCUUCAAGCUUUCAGAAACUGUUGUACAGUGUAUCGGUAGCCUCCUACCUGGCCAUCGUGGGACCUGGAGCAAUGACUAGGUCUAGAGCACAAGACCAAAAACACAAAAAGAUGAUAGAUGAAGAGAUGGAAGACUUCCCGCCCUAUCCCUCCCUACCUAGGAAGAUUUUUGUCUGAAAGAUCUAAAAUAAUGUUUGGCGAAUUUAACGGAAGUUGAACUUGAAAUAAAAUUUGAAUUUAUUGAAGAGGGCAGAAGAUAUUGUAUUCACUUGGUUUGUUUAUAUUAUAAUUUUAUGCCCAGGAUUCAGGUGAAAAAUG